CUUAAUAGCAUCUUAGCCACCCGUGAUAGGAAAUGAUCCCAGCCAAAUGUACCAUUAUAGCAGUCAUUCAAAAAUAAGGCGGAUCUCUGAACUGAGCUUAUUUUUGUGGGCACAUCUUAGCUGGAUGGCUGACACAUAACUUCAUGAAUGCCCAUGUGCCCAAAACCUAAAUCAGACUAGAACUCAGUUUGUCUGUUUCCUUUCAAUGUCUUGAUUCACUAUAAAACGUGAUCUUUGUAAUGUCUAAAAUGUCUUUAAUUUCUCAUAUAUUAAUGUAGUGUUAGGCUUGGAGUGCUCCUAGGAUUACAUCUGUAAGAUUUACAGAGCUUUCACUUGCUUUCCUGUUUUUCAGCAUCUUGCUAUUCAGAUUACGAACUAGUGCUUCUGUGGUGAUGCCGUUCACAAUGUUCCUCUGUGUCAUGUUUUACAGUAGUGCUCUAUAAGCAUGGUGUAAGGAGAUUUGUGCUAGGAUCAUCCUCCAGUUGUCCUCACAUUUCUUACUAAGGUUUCCUCUUGAGUUCUUGCCAGGUCAUUGUCCAUGGGAUCACAGCUUGUGUGAGGAUAUUAUUGCUUUCUUAUACUGAUUAUGCAUAGUGUUUCACAGUGAGAAGGUGUUGGUGCUAUACAAGUCUCUUUCAUCUGUAGUCUUUGGAGUGCUCCAGUUUGAAAGUGUCAGUGACACAGAGGGUUGCCCCUUGAUGAUGAUGUCACCACUUUUGCCUGCUGAGGAGAAUGAUGCAGCAUUUUAUUGUGUGGCUGUUCAGCGCAGCUCCUGUGGGUGCAGAGCAGAGGAAGGAACCCCUCACUGUUUCCUCCCGUGGGGCCUCAGAUGGGCGAGGCCGCCCUCUGGUGCGCCAGGGAUGGCUGAAGCUGAGGACCUGAGUGGAAUAGAGAAAGAGAAGGAAUAGAGAAAGAGAAGGAGACACAGAGCGACGAGGAAAAGGGGGAGAGACGAGUGAGUGAGGCACCAUUUUGAAAAGGCCAAGUUGGAAAAAAGUCGGCCUGUCUCCAUGUCUUCUCCUGUCAAUAGGAGAUCUGCAGGAUCACGCAGUUUUGACUAUUGCAGGUUGAUAGAGCUAGACUACAUUCCAAUGGAGACAGGCUUUAUGGUUUCAAUGCGGCCCACCCAAGGAUAUCUGACGCAGAAGUCUCCAGAGCACCACUGUCGACGGCCCCCUGCCCCGGUGAGCAGCAGAGAUCCCUAUGGCAAUGCUUCUCUCAGCAGCAGCAACUCGGGGUCCUGCAAGGGGAGUGACUGCAGCCCAACAAAGCGUAACGUGAAGUAUACGUCCUGCACAGACAACCAUGGCAUCCGCCCCCCUCCGCCGGAGCAGUAUUUGACACCACUGCAGCAAAAGGAGGUGUGCAUCCGACACCUGCGCGCCCGCCUCAAAGAUACCGUCGAUAGGCUGCAGGACAGGGACUCGGAAAUCGAUGAGUUGCGGACGCAGCUGUCCCGCAUGCAGGAGGACUGGAUCGAGGAGGAGUGCCACCGCGUGGAGGCGCAGCUGUCGCUGAAGGAGGCGCAGGGGGAGAUCCAGGAGCUCAAGCAGGUGAUCGACGUGGUGCGAUCCAGCUUGGGCUCCAGUACCGACACGGGCAUGCAGAAGUGCUUCCAGGACAUCAACCUGCAGAACCACAAGCUGGAGACGCUGCUGCACAGCAUGGAGCUGGCCCAGACCGGAGCGGUCCACAAGCAGCAGCAGCAGCAGCAGCAGCAGCAGGGGGAGGCGAGGGGAGGGGAGGGUCCGGCUGUGGUGCCGGCGGAGCUGGAGGUGGGCGAGGGCCCAGCGGGGGGUUCGUGUGAGGGCUCGCUGGCCCGCUCGCUCACCCGCAGCUCCACCUACACCAAGCUGAGCGACCAGGCCCCCGGAGAGCGCAGCAGCUGCGGGAGCACCUGCGGCAGCGUCCACGGUGCCGGCGGAGACUUCCCCUGCCUGUCUGCUGAGGGUACCCAGGACAGUGGCUUCAUGUGCUGCGGCGAGAGCGCGGACAGCCACACCGACUUGCUGAUGGAGGCGGCCUUCCUGUCCAAGGAGACGGCCUCGCUGCUCAGCUCCUACUCGCAAUUGCCACACUCCUCCACCUUUGAGAGGCUGGCGCCGCGGCACUGCGGAGUGGGGACAUCGGGCAGCGCCAGCCACCCCUGCCUGUCGCACCACCACCUGUACCUGCACCACCUAAGGGAGCAGGGCAUCCAGACGGACUGCGCCCCGGCGUCGGCCCCCGCACACGGCUACGGGCCCCUGGCCUCGGACCUGGACACCAUUGCUGAGCAGCGCACCUUCCGCUCGCAGGCCUGCAGCCCCACCUCCACCUGGCUCUCCGAUGAGGGGGACGACUUGGACUCCAUCACAACGGUGUCGGUCACCACAACCACCAUGACGGCCACCACCACUGCCCCCGAGGCAGGAUCUGUGCUUCUGCCUAUCGACCCACCGGAACCGCCUUUGCAUAUGGACCCACCGGACCCGCCUUUACCCAGCCCCGCCUCUGCCUCCUCCUCCGCCAUCCUGCCACUUCAGGUGGACGCCUCUAACAUCUUGCACGAGCAUGACCUCAACGCUCCUCCACCCCAGACCUCUCAGCCCCGGAGUGCUGGCUCCCCUGUGCCCUCUGGGGAGCCUCUGGUAGUGGGCGGCGUGACAGUGGUGGAGGUGGACGAGGAUGAGGAGAGUAUUGCCGAGGAGGACGAAGAGGCCGCAGGUGAACUGGGAGACGCCUCCUCAGGGCCCGUGGUGAAGAGUUACUGGAGCCGCCACUUCCUGGUGGACCUCCUGGCUGUGGCGGUUCCCGUGGUUCCUACUGUGGCCUGGCUGUGCCGGGCUCCGCGGGGCGAUGGCCAGCCCCUGUACCACUUUGGCUCACUGCUCCGGGGGUGCUGCACAGUAGCCCUGCAUUCCCUGCGCCGAGGCGGGGGGGUUCGCCACUACCCGGCCGGGGGCGGCGGGGUUCCUGGGGCACAGAUCUGAAAUCAGCGGUGAGACAAAGCUGAGACUGACUGAGCCACUCCACCCUGCUCCUAGACCAGACGGAGACCUCAGAAAAGUUCCUCUCAGCCGAGACGGGAGAAGAGAGGGGGCUGAAGCCCCUAAUAAUUGAAGCGACCCUUGUUUACACAACAUAGCUGCGAGGGACCUCUGUGUUUUGUAGGAGCUGGUUCCCCGGUGGUCCGACAGAUCUUGACCUAGCCAUCUUACUGCAAAACAACAGAGAGGGAGGACCAUGAUGGCUGUGAAGAGAGAGGGAGAGUUUAUUCAUCAUAAACACCAUCAUUAAGAAAACUUCAUAGAACUCCAGCAAUUCUUCUUUUGUACCCUUUUCUCACUAUUACUGGCUCUGCAGGACUGAUUGGAGAUCAGUGUGUGUGUAUGUAUGUGUGUAUGUGUGUAUGUAUGUAUGUAUGUAUGUAUGUAUGUAUGUAUGUAUGAAUGUGUUAGACACUGGAUGAAUACAGUAUGAACUUGAAUGAAUCAAUAAAUGAAUGUGUAUGCCAAGGCACAAUGUUAACGAAAUUGAAAACUAAGUCGCAGAUCCGCCCAGUGAUUUGGAUCUGCUCCAAAAUUGAAUGGGUUCUUCCUUGGCCCAUUCUACACCUUUCCACCAAGUUCCAUGAAAAUUGGGUCAUUUGUUUUUCCGUAGUCCUGCUGUCAAAACAGACAGUCAGACAGACGAACAGACAAACAAGCCACACUAAAAACAACCUCCUUGGCAGCGGUAAUGAAUGCAUACAGACCUAAUGGACACUGAUUGUAGCAGCCAAUCAUGUGUGUUGAACAGCCAGUCUGAAAUAACUGUUCAAUUUUCUUUUUGAAUUGUUGCUGAGACAUCCUGUCUGUGUGUGUGUGUGUGUGUGUGUGUGUGUGUGUGUGUGUGUGUGUGUGUGUGUGUGUGUGUGUGUGUGUGUGUGUGUGUGUGUGUGUGUGUGUGUGUGUGUGUGUGUGUGUGUGUCUGGUUGUCAUAAUUGUCUUCAGUGCUGUUGUCUGUGCUCUCAUAGUUGAGUGAAUGGUUACUAUUGGCCGGUCAGCCAUCUCCCGAGUUAUAGGUAAACAGCCAUCAAACUGCUGCUGUACUAUUUAUGCGCUUAGCAUUAACCAAUGGCGUCCUGUUAUAUCCCCUAGCUCUUUGCCCAUAAGAGACAAACCCGCCUUUCAUUGUACACCAAAUUUAGAUGUUAGACAUUUUAUGGAAACGAAUGCAAAACCUCAUUCUCAUUAGUGGGCUCUGUUGGGUGUGGAUGCUCUGACUCUGAUUUGGUUUUUACUUAUGAUUUCUUAUUUGCUUUCAGUGAAAGUCAAUCCGACAUGAAACGAUCAAGUGUAUAUAAGGGAAUGGAGGCUUUCAUUGUUGACAGGGUUUCCGGGAGAUUAGGAGAUUGGUUGAACGUGACAUGAUGACUAUGAGGUCUUGAGAAUGUUGCAGUCUACUGAAAUCUGAUGCAGAGCUUACAGACACCUGUCCCUGUAGAUGUUAAGAGUAAUCUCUUGUCGUGUUGUCUGUGUAUCUCAUGUAGUGAAAGUGAACCCAUAAUAAUGAUUGUUUGCCACUGAGAUGUAGACUCAGAGCCUCUAUGCUGUUUUCUGGUCUGAGCGUGUUGGAGAACGUAUCCUUAUGUUUUCGUGAGAUGUUUCAUGUUGUUACUGAAUAUAUAGACAUUUUAAUUGCACUAUUGUUCACUUUAAGAGAUUGACAAUUACUUGAAUUUAAGAUUGUGUUUCCAAAGUUGAGGGCAUCCAUUUUGGAUUUGUGGCUCAGAAGCAUCUGUCUCACUCAAAUAUUUAUUCAUUGUGAAUGCUAUGCUAUUGUGAAUAAGACUAAUUAGAACCAAUUAAACUAAUAUUGAAUAAUGAUAGGCUACCCUAACUUGAACUGGAUGCUCCUAAGUUAAGAGUAGGUUUCAUGCUCUAAUUAAACAGAAGGUACACAAUUUUGAUUUUUGUCUUGAUUUUCCACUCAGAACAGCUGGCUUAUGUCCAUGUUUUCCCUUUGUUUGGUACUGUGUUUGUGGCCUUGUCCUAUUGUGUGAGGGUGGAGUGUGUGAUAUGCUUCCUAAUUGUACACAGACUGCAUGUGGUGCCUAUGGGGGGCGUUCUAGCUUUUUCUUGACGUGCUUUCUCCUGCUGCUGCUCGACAAUCGAGUCUGUUUCUCCUUUUGUUUCUCGCUUUCUAUGGUACCAGUCUGUGAGUCACCAUCUUAUCCUGUAGACUGAGGACUGGGCGGGUAGUUGAUUCAGUUGGUCAAAUCAGAGGCACACAAUUCUCUGGGCAUUUCAUGAAUGAGAGCAGAAGACUAAA